GGGUGUUGGCCAUCACUUUCGACUCUCGGCAUUUCGCGGUUACACCACGUCGCAUUUACGCACGCUGCAACCACCCGUGCAUAACUAAACACGAGUACAAUAUUAUUAUAUUAUAAUAUAUUCGCACCGAAACGCCCGGCAACCGCACAGAGCAUUAGACGCCGCUCACGUCCAGACAGCCAAUUAUCAAUUUUGAAUCAUCCAUCAAGUCGUUCGUGUCAGAGUCCGAACACCUUUGCCGACGAUUUCAACGUCAUCAGCCGCACAUAAUAAUCCGUAUCACAUUGUACGUACGUAUUAUUGCACGAUCGUUUGCAAACCGCUCGACGGUCACUUCUGCAAAUAAUUAUUUAUAAGUAAUAUUUUACUUCGUCGCCACGUCCAUCACCACCAUGCGCACCCUGUUGUUGUUGGUCGUGUUCAUGUUAUGCGCGUGCAUCGCCGUCGGUCAAGUGAACUUCACGCCGACGUGGGGCCAGGGCAAGAGAAACGCGCCCGCGUCGGACGAGUGCAAGUCCAUGGACACGCUCAUCUACAUAUACAAGCUGGUUCAGAACGAAGCGCAGCGGAUCGCAAUGUGUGAACGAAUGUCAAUCACGUCUUGAACAACCACUUUUGCAGAAUAUGACCAUCGCCACUUACCAUACGCCAGCCAUAGAUCACUAACAACGGGACUUAUGAUACUCCGUCAGCUACAAAAUUACAUUUUUACUUCUAGUCACAUUAUUAAGAUGGUGAUAAUAAUAACAUAAAAUUCUACAAUUUGCAAUUAUUAUAUCUACCAAACUUAUUAUUACCCAUCAACCACUGUUUUGUUUUUUCGAUAUAUUUUAGACAAUAUUUUAGUUUUAUUGUCAAAGAUUUAUUCAAAGUGCAUUGCUUUCUAUAUUAAAAAAACCACCAAACUCA